AUGGCGUCGCAUCUCUCUCAUCACUCCCGUUUGCUAUUGAGAAAUCUCUGUUUUCCUCGGAGAAUUAGAAAUCUGGGCAACAGGAACUAUUCUCUCAUCUCUCCUUCCCUUGCACGCGCCGCGAAGUGUUAUUGCAGCUCCACCUAUAAUUUGGAAGCGGUUGUUUCUGAAACCUCAAAUGAGGCGGCUAGUGGCGAUAUAUUGAGAUCUUCUAAAAGCGAAGAUGUGGGGCUAAAGUCGAUAAGAUCUCCCUUCAAGUCAGAAGAAAGAACAGCAAGCAGCGCUGCUUCUUCGAAUGGGAAAAUGAUGCUUAUUGAUGGGACAUCCAUUAUGUACAGGGCUUACUAUAAGCUUUUAGCAAGGUUGAAUCAUGGUCAUCUGACUCACGCUGAUGGAAACGCGGACUGGGUUUUAACAAUAUUUUCAGCUCUCUCUCUUAUUAUUGAUGUUCUGAGAUUUCUCCCAUCCCAUGUGGCGGUGGUGUUCGACCAUGAUGGAGUUCCUUAUGGCACUACUUCUGAUUCAUCGAAAAGUUAUCACUCUGCAAAAGGCAUGAACUUCCGUCAUACUCUCUACCCCGCCUAUAAAAGUAAUCGUCCUCCCACACCUGAUACUAUAGUGCAAGGACUUCAAUAUCUCAAAGCAUCCAUCAAGGCAAUGUCUAUAAAGGUUAUAGAGGUGCCAGGUGUAGAAGCUGAUGAUGUUAUUGGAACACUGGCUAUGCGAAGCAUUGGUACCGGUUUCAAAGUUCGAGUUGUCUCUCCAGACAAAGAUUUCUUUCAGAUUCUUUCUCCCUCACUGCGUCUUCUUCGAAUUGCACCACGCGGAUCAGAGAUGAUUUCUUUCGGAGUAGAAGAUUUUGCUAAAAAGUUUGGAAAUUUGGAGCCAUCACAGUUUGUUGAUAUCAUCUCCCUUGUUGGAGACAAGUCUGAUAAUAUUCCAGGAGUUGAUGGAAUUGGGAACGUGCAUGCAGUUGAACUGAUAUCUAGAUUUGGCUCAUUGGAAAAUAUGUUGCAGUCUGUUGAUGAAAUAAAGGAAGGACGAAUAAAAGAGGCCAUUAUAGCUAAUGCAGAGCAAGCCAUUCUAAGCAAGAAGUUGGCACUGUUACGGUCUGAUCUCCCAGAUUACAUGGUACCAUUUGACACGAAAGAUCUUACUUUUAAGAAACCGGAGGACAAUGGGGAGAGAUGGAAAAGCCUGGUAAUCGCGAUGGCGGCAUACGCAGACGGAUUCUCAGCUGAACCAGUCAUCGGAAAAGCGUUCAAGCUGUGGGAGACGCUGGAAGUAGAAGCAACAUCAUGA